AUGAAGAUUGAAGGAAAGGUAAUUGACGAGUGCAUUCUUAAAAAUGAAAUAGGCAUAGGCUGUAUUUCAUCUCAAAUACUAAAGAAGACUCUGCAGCGAGGGAUUGAGUUUAAUCUAUUUGUGGCAGCCGAAAGGGGCCUUGGUGCGAAGACUCUGAUCUCUUCGAUUUACAAUCUUACAGUAUUCCCUGCAAAAGUACACACGCAUUCUUCCGAUUUAGUUGAGUAUUCAGCUAUUUUACAGUCCAACAAAAUAACAUUAAAACUAACAAUUUUCUUGUAUCAGGGAAAGGACCACGAAUAUAUAAAAAACUUCCUGGUAGAAAGAAACACUAUCUACAAUAAAAACAACAUAGGUCUCAGAAGAGAAAGAAAGGAAGAUCCGCGGAUGCAUGCUGCUCUUUUUCUUAUUUCUCCAUUUUCAUUCAAAAAGGAGGACAUACAAAUAAUUCAAGUUUUGUCAGAGCUUACAAACACAUUCCCAAUAAUCCCAAAAAGAGAUAUAUUCACAGUACACGAACUGGAGGCAUACCAAGAAAAGAUCAGCACCCAGUUAAAAAUGCAGGGAAUAAAAGUGUCUGAUCUAAUACCAGAAGGAAUAUCAGUGCUAUCCGUGGUUGCCAGCACUACAUUUGUAAGUGUGAAUGGGGAGCUUGUCAGAGGAAGGGAGUACGCAUGGGGAAUAAUCAAUGCAGAGAAUCCUGCUGUGUCAGACUUAAAUAUACUGACGCAGCUGCUGCUUACAGUUAACCUCAUAGAUUUGAAAAAUAAUACCGCACAGUUCUACCAAGAAUGGAAAAAAAGUGCACCAGAACUUAGCGAUCCAUGCUUAGAGGAGGCAGACAAAGAAUUAGUCAAGGAAAUUGAGUGUAUUAUUGCUGGGAAUCUCAAAGAACGGCUGGGUCUUCUUGAAAAACAAGAAAAGGAAAUUGACCAAAAGGUUAGGUUAUUGGAUGGCCCUGCAUUUAAAUCACUUAAUGUGUAACAAGUCUUUCGUCUUAAAAUCACAAGACUCCAAAAAUAGCCCAAAAAUGUCUUAUAAAUUAAAGACCUAAAAAGCUUUUGUGAACUAUUUUAAAACAUUUUAGACGUAUACCAAUAUAUAAUAAGAAAAAUAUCAUAGCAGUGCCAAGAAUGCGUAUAAUAAGGCCAAUAUUCUUAUACAAUGCAAGGGAAUAGAUAUAACUAGCCAUUUGUUCUACUGUUAGACCAAUAUUAGUACAUAAUAGGCUAAUACUCUAUAUACUGUAAGGAUUAAAUCUUCUCUGACUUUCUGAUAUUUCCUUCUUAUUUUUGAAAAUCCGAAAUUAAAUAAAUACCAGAC